GGCAGCAGGCUGUAGUUUUGAGAUAUGAAGGGCAGAGGCAGAGUGGUCUGCUGCUGCUGGGGGACGAAAUGAAGCACAUUACCAGAAAGGACUCAACCGCAGCGGAGGAGGGGAGCCAGGCUGCCUGACAGCUUCGGGUUUCGGACGUGGCAGGUUCAUAUUUUAACUAGCGGCAGUUAGUUAACCGUCAGUGUCGUGCCUCUUAUUUUUUUUUUUUUUUGAAGUCAAAUUAGGAAAGAAGAAGUGGACUUCAGAAAAUGAACCCCAGACAGGUGUGCAGACAAGUUAAUUAAAAAACAAGCCGCGUUUGUUGUGGCGCCGCAUUAAAUAAAGAAACAAAACUUGACACAAUGGAGCAGCAGCAGCAUUUCUUGGCGUCUGAAAGCAGCAGAAGUCUGUCUUCUUCCUCGACCUCCAGCGACGUGGAAGAGACAGUGUCUGGCGUGGAAAUUAAAGUUUAUGCUGAUAGUGGUGAUAAUUUCCAAAACCUGGACUGUGGGAUGAAGCAAGCGGCUGAGGACGGUGGGAAUGACGACGAUGAUGAAGAGGAGGAGGAAGAUGAAAUGUUGGACCACAUCCUUUAUCCACCUCCUUCACUCCUGAGAAAGUCCAGUAUUCCUGAGCUAUCCCACGGAUUGGGGCCUGCCCUGAAAUUCAAAAGGCAUCUCAGUGAGGAUGGGAAACAGCUUCGUAGAAGAAGCCUGGGUGGUGGUUUAACAGGAAAGUACCUGUUGCUGCCUCCCAGCCUUCAACAGACCCAGACGCUGCAGCAGCCGUCAUCUGACACCUCCAAUCUGGUCCGCAUGCGAUCCCUGAACCUCGGAAAGUCCGACCCUUCGCUCACCUCUAGUACGGUGAGUGAUUGCUAUUUAUACUCCAGCUUUGGUUUUCUGCCCCACAUAAUCAGAAAUAAUAUCCUGUUUAUAGCGAACCUUCUACUUAAUUGGUGCACAUGGUGAUAUCAGAAACCAGAA